UCCGGCGUGUCCUCGGCGGAAGACGCGUGCAGCAGAAGGGAUGAUGAGAACUCAAGUGGUUUUCCUGUUCCUUGGAUUCUACAUCGGCCUGGUGGCCGGUGACUGGAACAUCCUGGGCUUCAUGGGCAGCAAGCGGGAGGAGGACACGGCGGUGGCCGCCGGCCGGAAGAACUACUGCGAGAGCUGGCGGAUGAACGUGGAGCUGAACAACAUCCGUGGCUUCGAGGUGGUGCCCGACGAGUGCGUCGACUACGUCGGCAGGUACGUGACCUCGACGCAGUACGAGGUCGACGUGCAGCUCGCCGCCGAGGAGGUCAUCCUCUUCCUCGCCCACACCUUUCAGCUUGGCGGCGACGGCAAGGACGCGUGGGUCUUCGACGUCAACGACGUGCUCCUCUCCACCGUCCCCUACUACCAGCAGCGCCAGUUCGGAGGCAUGAAGAGAAACGCAAGUGCCUUCGAGGCAUGGGUGAAGGAGGCGGACGCCCCAGCCGUGGCUCACAUGGUGCACCUGUUCCACCAUAUCAGGACUCAAGGAUUGAAGGUCUUCAUCCUCUCCUCCAGAGCGGACUACCUCAGAGAAGCCACCGUCGACAACCUCAUCAAUGUUGGCUACCAUGGCUGGACCGAGCUAAUCUUAAGGUCCCCGGAGGACAACUAUAGUAGUGCAGAAACAUACAAGGCAGCAGAAAGGGAGAAGUUGGUGCACGAAGGUUACCGCUUGUGGGGGAUUGUGGGGAGCCAAUGGAGCAGCCUCGGUGGAUACACCACAGCAAGGAGGAUAUUUAAGCUCCCAAACCCGCUCUACUAUGAAUACUGAUGUCUUCAGUCACUUCUUCCAGCAAUAAAUGAGCCAUCCUUAUCCUUCAUCCUCAAAGAAAGAAAGGAUGCCUUGUAGUUCUAUGAUGAACAUCGAAGCCUCUUUUAAGCCUUCUAAGUCUUGAUGCAUGAGCCAUUGGUUAA